AUGUCUGCAAAACAGAUAUUCGAGAAGUUCGACAAGAACAAAAAUGGUAAACUCUCAUUGGACGAGUUUUGUGAAGCGGCUCUUGCUUUCUCUAAGAACAUUUCUCAGGAAGAAAUCGUAAAAAUGUUCAAAGAGAUUGACGUGGAUGGAGACGGUGAGCUCGACGCUGUGGAGUUUACUUCGAGCUUUGAAAAAAUCUUGAAGGAAACAUUUGCCUUUUGUGAUGCUGAUGGUGAUGGGAAGAUAACAUCCAAGGAGUUCCAUGCGGCCAUGAUUGGGCUAGGGAAGGACUGGACCGAAGAGAAAUGUGCCGAGAUGGUUCAAGCUGCCGAUGGCGCUCCUGCCGAUGCAGAUGGUGAUGAUUAUUUGAGCUUGGAGGAGUUUAUGGCUAUGAUCAUUGGCCUCUUCUAA